AUAUAUAUAUAUAUACAUAUAUUUAUUGAUCUUAUAUUAUAUAACUUUCUGAAGAAAACCCUCCUUCUCCCUUUGUGUGGUUUUCGUUUUUCUUCACAAGGAUUGUUGAUUUGAUUUGCAGAGCCAAGCUAACGACAAAAGGAGAAAAAAAAAAGAAAAAAAAAAUAUGUAUGGAGAUUGUCAAGUGAUGUCAUCAAUGGCCGGAGGGAAUUCGAUUCCGUCAUCAGAUAAUUCCAUUUUCGGGUCUCCAUCGAUCCACAACCCUAACGCCAUGAACAACUUCAAUUUCAUGCCUAACAUAAACCCUUUCAACAUUUUUUCUCCUAUUAUCCCGAAAGAAGAAAAUGGGAUGGCUAAGAGCAAAGAGGAUUUAAUCGAAAGUGGGUCGGGAAGUGAGCACAUGGAAGGACUUUCGGGUAACGAGCAAGACUUAGAUGCCGAACAACAACAACAACAGCCACAAGCCAAGAAAAAACGAUACCAUCGCCACACGGCUCGACAGAUCCAAGAAAUGGAAUCGCUGUUCAAGGAAUGUCCACACCCAGACGACAAGCAAAGGCUGAAGCUGAGCCAAGAUCUCGGACUCAAGCCACGUCAGGUCAAGUUCUGGUUCCAAAACCGAAGAACUCAGAUGAAGGCGCAACAAGAUAGACAAGACAAUGUUGUCCUAAGAGCGGAAAACGAAGGCUUAAAGAACGAUAACUAUCGUUUGCAAGCCGCAUUAAGGAAUAUCGUGUGUCCUAAUUGUGGAGGUCCGGCCAUGCUCGGUGAAAUGGGGUACGACGAGCAACAACUCAGGAUCGAAAAUGCUCGUCUCAAGGAAGAGUUGGAUCGAGUUUGUUGUAUGGUCACACAAUACACGGGUCGACCAAUUCCUCAACCGAUGGGACCCACUUCUCUCCUCUCACAUUCGUUGGACUUGGACAUAAGCUCGUAUCCGAGAAAGUUUGACCAAAACGACCCGUUAUUGGCCAACAUUCCACCUCAUCAUCAUGACCACAUGAAUAUGCCUCUUCCCGAUUUCGAUCAAAAUUCGCAAUUCGCGAGCGCUAAUGCCAACACUCUAAUGAUAAUGGAAGAAGAAAAGGGGGUGGCUAUGGAGUUGGCAUUGUCGGCCAUUGAUGAGCUAAUCAAGAUGUGCCACGCGGGCGAACCCCUUUGGGUUAGGGGAGGAAAAUGUGGUCAAGUGCUUAAUUUUGAGGAGUAUGCGAGAGUUUUCUCUACCAACUCGUCGUCGGUUGAUCAGUUGAGAGUCGAGGCGAGUAGGGACACGGCCGUUGUUAUCAUGAAUAGCAUUACUUUGGUCGAUGCUUUCCUUGAUGCGAACAAGUGGAUGGAGCUAUUCCCUUCGAUAGUCUCCCGAGCAAAAACACUUCAAGUGGUGCAUUCUGGCGUUAGCUCCGGACAUGCAACCGGGUCUCUUCAUCUGAUGUAUGCAGAAGUACAAGUUCUAUCUCCUCUUGUCUCUACAAGAGAGUCGCAUUUCCUCCGUUACUGCCAACACAACGCAGACGAAGGAAGUUGGGCCAUAGUCGAUUUUCCAGUAGACGCCUUUCAAAACAUUUACUCGCCUUCUUUUCCUUAUUACCGCAAGCGGCCAUCCGGUUGCCUCAUUCAAGACAUGCCCAAUGGAUACUCGAGGGUUACUUGGGUUGAACAUGCUGAAGUUGAAGAUGGCCCAAUCCACCAGAUUUUCAAUCACUUCGUGAAUAACGGCAUUGCUUUCGGAGCUCGUCGAUGGUUAGCCGUUCUUCAACGACAAUGCGAGAGGCUCGCGAGCCUCAUGGCCCGGAAUAUAUCCGAUCUUGGAGGNUUGAUCCCUUCACCGCAAGCGAGAAAGAAUCUGAUGAAUUUGGCUCAGAGGAUGAUUCGGACAUUCUGUGUGAACAUAAGCACUUGUUACGGACAAUCUUGGACUGCUCUUUCUGAUUCUGCAGACGACACUGUUCGAAUAACCACUCGAAAAGUGACUGAGGCCGGCCAGCCUAAUGGCCUCAUCCUUUGUGCUGUCUCCACUACUUAUUUGCCUUAUCCCCACCAACAAGUUUUUGAUUUCUUGAGAGACGAACGGCGUAGAGCUCAGCUUGAAGUGCUUUCGAAUGGGAAUUCAUUGCACGAGGUCGCUCACAUCGCAAACGGCUCUCAUCCUGGGAACUGCAUUUCUCUUCUCCGAAUCAACGUGGCAAGUAACUCAUCACAGAGCGUGGAGCUCGUGCUGCAAGAGAGCUGCUCGGAUGAUUCCGGAAGCAUGGUCGUCUACACCACAAUCGACGUGGAUGCCGUCCAGCUGGCAAUGAACGGCGAGGACCCUUCAUGCAUUCCUCUGCUCCCCAUCGGCUUCGUCGUAGUCCCUGCACCACCCAAGGACCAAUCACACGACGCCACCUCAUCACCCGACAACAACAACAAUAACAACACUGGGUGUCUUCUUACCGUGGGACUCCAAGUCUUAGCAAGCACGAUUCCAACUGCAAAGCUCAACCUGUCGAGCGUCACAGCCAUAAACCACCACCUGUGCACCGCAGUGCACCAGAUCACAGCCGCCCUCGGCAGUGGCCGAGUUAUCAAUGAUGAUGAUGUUGCCAAGAAAGAAGGGGACGUUUAGUCGAAGAACGGUUACUUAAUUAUUAUAUAGCGAGUGAUUUAUUGCUUCUUUUUUUUUUUCAUUUGUUCUUUAGGUUUAAAAAAUAUUUGUUAUUUUGGAAGUCAAGAGCGAACCAGAUGGCAUGGGGAUCCUUGCUAUCUGGUGAGGCCGACACGAAAAAGCUGUAUUUUAUGUUUGAGUGACGGCCUCGCCAGCUAGCAAGGGUCGUGGUUCGGGUAUUGACUUUCGUUUUGGCUUGUUUUAUAUUGUACUUUUGGCGGGCGAACAAUGGGCCUACUUUGGGGAUUUGAAUUCAGAAACGAAUCGUAUCGAAUUUGUGCCAGGUGUUGUGAAUUUCAUCAUGGUGGGUGGCUUAUUCAUUGUUUGUUUAGUAUGCUCGUGUUUAUGUACAACAUAUAUCAUACUUUAGAGCUGCUUGAUGAGUCUGAAUAUUUUAAGGCUCGGUCUCACUCACAAUAAUGCAAAUGCUCGAGAUUGG